ACAAAGCCACAGGCUCUGUGUGAGGCGAUAACACACAUGGCUCUCAUUCAGCACGUCAUGACGAAGAAGCUCUCCAGAGCACUGCUGGCGCGUCAUAAAGCUGCCCCCUUGUGCCGAUCCCUGCGUACCCUCCUUCCAAACGAGCAAAAGCCUCCUGAUCCUUCAUCGUCUUCCCCUUCGCCAUUGCACCUGUCGCCCGCAAGCCAGUCCCUUUCACGUGUGUGGAGAUCAUUUUCCUCCUCCACUACGACCGUCGUGAGCACUGAGGAAUGCCCCAAUGCGCACCAUCCUGAAGCUGCCGAAUACCUGAAACGGUCUUCAGUUGCCGUCGAGGAAGACGACAAAGACCCUUUUUUCGACAAAACCUCAGCUUUGAUGGAGGUUGAAGAUCGACCCGGCGCUUUGGCAGAGAUGCUGUCUUAUUUUGCCGCCCACCACGUCAACAUCACCCGUCUUGAGUCCCGGCCAUCGAAAAAGCAAUACGAUGACCAAGGGCAGGGGCGGUUGGUGUUCGACAUGUACGUCGAUUUUGAGGGAUCGCGGGGGAUCGCACGGGUGGAUGCAUUGCUCCAAGAACUGGGCGAGCACAGCCGUUCGUUGUUGGUAUUGGACAGGACGGAGGUCCCCUGGUUUCCCCGACAGGCCUGGCAACUCGAUACGAUCGCGAACCGUGUACUCGACGCCGGUGUGGACUUGACCAGUGACCACCCGGGGUUCUCCGACCCUGUUUAUCGGGCUCGGCGGGGCGAGCUUGCUCAGAUUGCCCGGCAAUACCGGCACGGAGAGACGAUUCCACACAUUGCUUACAUGCCAGCAGAGAUCGCGACCUGGAGCGCGGUGUUUCGCCGCCAAGACGAGCUCCUGCGUCGGUAUGCCUGCCGGGAAUACCUGGACAUCUUGGCCUUGAUGAAGGAGGAGUGCGGAUACGGGCCUGAAAGCAUUCCUCAACAGGCGGAUAUCACCCGUUUCCUCGCCCGGCGUACCGACUUUCGGCUGCGCCCUGUGGCAGGCUUGCUCUCCUCCCGGGAUUUUUUGAACGGCCUGGCUUUCCGGGUAUUUUUUUGCACCCAAUACAUUCGGCACCAUUCCCGUCCCUUGUACACACCAGAACCAGAUAUCUGCCACGAGCUCCUAGGGCAUGCGCCGCUUUUUGCAGAUCCAGAUUUUGCGGAUUUUUCGAAUGAAAUUGGCCUGGCCUCUUUGGGUGCUUCGGACGAGGAAGUCAAAAAGCUAGCCGCGUGCUAUUGGCAUUCCGUGGAAUUUGGUCUCUGCCGGCAGCACGCAGCGGGGACGGAGCUUUCUCAGGAACAAGGCAACGAGACCGCUUCCAGCAUCAAGGCCUACGGGGCUGGUCUGUUGUCGUCUUUUGGUGAGCUGGAAUACGCAUGCGGGGGGGAGGAGGGGAAGGAGGGAGGCCCGACCUUCCUGCCGUGGGAUCCCGAGGUAGCGGCCGUGCAGUCGUAUCCCAUCACCACGUAUCAACCUGUGUACUUCGUGGCCGAAAGUCUGCUCGAUGCAAAGGAGAAAAUGAGGAGGUACUGUGAAAAGAAAAUGAGCCGGCCAUUCUACGCCCGUUACAUGCCGGAGGUGCAGAGCAUAUGGGUAGACAGAGCCGUGCGGGUGGGGAAAAAGGUGGGCUAAGAGGACGUGAGGAAGUGAAGUAAGGGACAGGUGGCAACGCACAUACUCCGCACUCAUUGAGUGACUGGGCCUUGCCACGACGCCAGCGUCAAGCGUCGAGGCAUGCCAGGUAGCAGGGGGAAGGGGGGGCAGGGAAAAAAAUCAAGUGAGUGCCAUACGCAUUCUACUGUAUCAACGCGAGCUUUGGAGUGGAUCGGGAUGCAGAGAAGGAGGUGAUAGAAAGUUGUAGAUGACUUCCUUUGGAGUGGACCGGGAUGCAGAGAAGGAGGUGAUAGAAAGUUGUCGAUGAGAAGGGUGUUACUCGAUAGGGUCUAAAAUACUGUACAUUGCGGGGGGGAUAUACAGAUCGCUGAGUCACAGUAGCCGGGCUGUGAAGAAAGGGCCGUAAGAGAUGGCUUGAUGUAACAUGAAUGCUAUCGAUAGCGCCAGUAAUAGCUUUUACAAAGAAAAAACGACCGAUUUUACAGACAAUCUAGCACACGGAUU